ACCAGUUCCUCUCGACCCAAGUGUCUCACAAAAACUAGCAACGUCAACAUGAAGAUGAUCAUUGUCCUCGCCGCCCUCGUGGCCGUGGCAGUCGCUGCCCCUCAACGCCAGCAGCAGGAAGUUACUGUUCUGGAGCAGACGGAGCACAACAACAUCGGUCUCCCCCAGGAUUACAACUACAAGUAUGCACUGUCUGAUGGAAGCAGGAAACAGGAGGCCGCCCGCUACGAGACCGCAACCGGUGAGGAUGGCAAGCCCGUCCAGGCAAUCGCCGUACAGGGGGAAUACAGCUUUGUUGGAGACGACGGCGUCGAAUACACCAUCAAGUACGUCGCUGACCAGGGCGGUUUCCGUCCAGAGGGUGCUCAUCUUCCCGUUGCUCCUACCGCCUAAAUUACCAUGUGAUCAAGCGAAUUCCCGUUAAAUUAAAUAAAAGACCAUAUUUUACUGACAUGUUCUGUUUGACUUUUAUUAUUUAUUGAUGAAAUUCAUUACAUCGAGAGGGGAAUGGGAAUUUUCGGUAUAAUUUUUAUUUC